AUGUGCAUCCCCACUUGCAGCUAUUUUUUCGUGGCUCCAAAGCCAGACCCAGUACAAGAACGGCAAAACCAUUUUUCGGAUUUGGACGGCAACCAUUACUGCAACAUCUUGACCUUGCUAACUCUGCCAAUCGCCGCGGUACCCAUCGCGCAUCUCGUGUUGUUGUUUAUCCUCUGGCGGGAUGUGGCGAAUAACCCUUCGAGCUACAAAACCUCGGCCCUACCGAUCUACUUCAUAGUGGGAUGCAUAAUUGUGCUAAUAGCGGUCGCCGCAAGCGUUGCCACUUUUGCCGGUGUCUAUUCUCGUCGCUAUGGUUUUCUAAUCGUCGCCCGUGUUUUGGCGCUUUUCCUCAGCAUUCUCUAUCUUUUGCUCGCUGUAUCUUCCAUUAUGUCGUUGGAUUUUCUGGAUGUCGGCGUCGGAGUGAUUAUGUUCGCCUGGUUGUGGUUGAUCAUCGUUCUGCUGCAGCGGCAUAUAAAGAGAAUGGUGUCUUGUCCAACAUGUUAU